UUCCCAAACGCUGCAUAAAUCCUUGCGUCCUCCGACAAUCGCUAACACACAAACUCGAUCGUAGUAAGAACACCCCGACGAUGUGCACCGGCCACCAAACACCAAAGACAAGAAAAGCACUUGCUAUACCUGAAGUAGAAGUUUGAUGUCCCCAAGCCAGAAGAAGCCUCACAGAGAGAGGCCAUGCCUAUGGUAGACAAGAGAUAGGACCUGAUCUGAUUUUGGCAGGAAAAGGGAUGCUGUUAGUCACUGCGGUCAAGGCGAGCAUAUUUGCGGUAAUUUCGAGGGCGUUGUCCACUUACCUGGAAGUGAGUGUGACAGAUAUUGAGGCCAAGCUGUUGCAACGAGAUGCUUCCUUGAGACUGCAAAAUGUCAAGGUGCGAGAGCAAAAGAUUCCCCUCUCUAUUCAAUCCCAGAAUGUAAUGUGCUUUCUGAUCAUCAACGGGACCAUAAAUGCACUGGAAUUGGACUGGACUUGGUCUUCUUCUCCAUUUUCCCUGAUCGACCAUGUAAAAUUGAGACUUCGCGGACUGAAUCUGAAGCUCAAUUUUCGCUACGAGAAAGAGUCAGAAGAAGCCUUCCUGGCUAGAUCACACCCAGUCGAUUAUUUUGACCAAGAAGAGGGACCCAAUGCUAAACCCGACAAUUCUCUUUUCGGGCGCUGGCAACGAGAAAUACAACGCGUAAAAGACGCUGUAACAUGCCAUGUGAAAGACUCUUCAUUGAUCCAACAAACCAUUCGGGAUAUCAUCAAUUCAUUCUCUAUCAGAAUAGACUAUUCAAACAUUGACGUUCAUGCACCCUUCACUAGCAAUUUCAUCCGAGUGUCAUUUGACACCUUCCAUCUUGGCACGGACAAGGAGAAAAGAGAAUUGAGGAUGCGGUCGACACCAUUGAUGGUGGAAGGAGCUUUAGAGCGGCUUUCUGUCGAGCUGCAUCAUGGGCUCACAGGAAGAGCUUCAUAUCCAAUUGUAGAACCAUUCACUUUUGAAGCAGCAGCUCGCAGGGUGGCUGGAGCCAGGUUUCAGGACCUUACAUCUGGGUAUGAGCUGAUUGUCAAACAAGUGAAAACCCAAGAAUCUGCCAAGCAAAUUGAUCAUGGUAUCAUACUUCAUUGGUCAGAUGAUGUCAAGGCAGCGUUGUCUCUACUCCAAGAUGCCUUCCAAGGAGAGUCACCUUCGGCUCCCGACUAUGAUGCAGAGAUCUAUCGCUCAAAAAAAGACCCAAACAUUGCUGAGCUUUGGCCUACAUCAAUGAAGCUGCUUCUGAGCCUUGUAUCUCUGAUUGGCGUUACCAAUAUUACAAUCAUCAUCAGAUUCAUUCUCCGUGGUUUGGGCUUACUUGACGGAGAAUAUUUGACGAUGGCUUCAUGGAUCAUCUUCUUCCUCUUGUCGACAUGGAUAUUAGUAACACUGUUGGAUCUCUGGUUGGCCUCCCAUGCCAACCAAGUGGAGAAAAGCGCCAAAAGAGGACUUCCAAUGCAACACCUGAAAGAAUACCCUGCAAUCUACCGAUUACCGCUACCCUUCAUCACAGUCAUUGCUGAAAAUGAUGUCCGCAUGAACAUGGCAAACGUUGUUCUAGUUGGAAGAAUGGAUUUUACGAGGACACAUUUCUCUGCCACUUCAUUCACAGUGAAAACCAAAAAGAGAUCGGUUCCUGGACCCCAAGUAUCGUCGAAAGGAAUUCGAGCCAGAUACCAGCACAAGAGACUACUUGUGAAUGUCGAUCUCAUAGACGACUUGUACAUUCCAGGAAAGAUUCAUCUUGUGAGAGAGUUGGAAAGCGCAGUCAUUGUUUUCGAGGAAGGCAAGAUGACCAUUAAGCUAAAGGCUGUCACGGCCCGCCUGCUUUCAGAUGGCGACAUGAUAGAGCAUUCGGAGAGUUUGCGUAUGUCACAUAUAACUACAAACUUUCAAAAGGUGGCAGAAAAAUUCCAAGUCGCCAGAAGGGUUGUGAAGGAAACUGGAAUGAAACUCUCCAAAGAGACGAAGAAUGGGUUUAAAAAUGUCAAGUUCAAAAUGAAAUCGCAAAGAAAGAGAUCAUUUGACGCUGAAGAAAUCGAAGCCCGAAAUCGAUUGCAAGCUGAAGUAUAUGAAGGGCUUGUAAAACUCCAACGAAUGGCUGGCAUGUUCGAGCUUAUACCUGUACAAAAGCACCGCCAAAACUUCCGAUUAUACCCGAAUUCAUUUCGUGGCACUCACGCCGUGGAUUACAUUCUGCAAAACAACAUCGCACCAAACCGACCAGAGGCAGUCAAACUUCUCCGAGAUUUUGAGGUGGAAUUUGGUCUUUUUGAGAGUGUAACCAGAGAAUACAAGUUCCGCGAUCAGCACGAUUGCUUGUAUCGAUUUGUGCACCCUUCGAAACGACGCUUUUGGUUGAAACAAGAGCUUCCUUACGACUAUGUCGAGACAUUUGAAAGAACUCCCCAGAGCUCCGUUCUUCCUUUCCCGAUUAUGGUUCUCACUGAAGGUCUUAUUCUAGUUAGACAAGACAGUGAGAGCAGCGACCUACUUACUGCUUCCAAAGGAGAGCUUCAUCUUCAGAAUGGGAAGCUAUCCAGAUCUGUGGACUUCACAAUAUUGGCACGGGGGCUGAGGAGCAAAAUGAUUGCCAUGACAAAUGCCAGAUUGCACGGAAUAGUGGACCCCGAAGUUCCAAAGCUAAUUCAUCGCUUUCAAGUUAGCCUUGAGACGCUCACAGUGAACCCAGAGUACACGAUUGAAGAUUGGUUCCACAGACUCGGUUUGGUGUUCGAUGAUGAUGACGAGGACAAAUCACUGGAACUUCGACAGAUCGAUGACGAGGACAACGAACCAUACAGUCUCCCACACAUGUUUGUAUCAGAUUUCAAGCUACAAUUGACCUGGAAAGGAUUGUUUGUAAGAACAAAUGAAGCCACAAUCUCCGUGCAAGGCAUGAACGGUACAGAAAGCAGCUCCUCUGCAGAGCUCAUCAAGGACUUUGUGAUCCACGUGUUGGGAAGGGCUCCGGGCAUACUGUCGAAUGUACAAUUCAUGGGGGUCAAUAUAACGGAAUCUUCCGGAGUGGCUAUUGUGAUGAAUUUUGGAUCAGAGUGGAUUCCAGGUGGCCAAUACAUCAGCCUUGGUGCUAUGGCGCUAUACGAUUUUGCCUGUGUGGCUAUUGAUGCUGGCAAGGCAGCCCGUCACGAUCCUACGGGUGACUGGCAAUGGGGGGAUUUCCCUCUCGGCGUCUGGUUUGCUGGACUUGACACUGCCCGUGCUGGCGCAAAGCAGAGGGGUAAGACCACGGACGACUUUUAUGAUGAAGAUGACAGAGUCCAGCUGGACCCUCUUGAUUUUGCUGUUGGAGCAGCGUAUGGGAUUGGCACUUAUGCGAACACAAACAAGGCACGAUUCAUGGGGGCAACACUUGCUGCUUUUACCGCAAUUGGUCUGACAGUUGCUUUAGGGCCUUUACCUGCAAUAGCAGCUGGAAUUGUUGUUGGAUCGAGCACUGAAUUAGCACUUGUAGAGUUGGAAAGACGGGGCCUCAUCUUACUCAAAAAUUACGCAAACAAGAACACAAACAAGAAGUUGGAUGACAAAGAUUCUGAAGCUUCAGAUUUUGAGAUCGAAGAGGAAGCAGACAGUUUUGACUUCGUUGGGUCAUAAUGAAAGCUAUUGUUCGUAGGAAUCAACAAGCUUGCCAUUAGUAGCUAGCGUUUCUCCAUUGGUACCGUAGAUGUGGCUGGCUCUCCAGGCAGCCUCCUAUCGAUAC